AUUCACGGUGGUUCCGGUUGUCGCGGGGGCGGUGGGAGAGGAGGCAUGAGGAGUGCUGAUUAGCUUCAGUGAGCGCACCAGGAUGUGCAGGCCGGGGGCUGCAGGCAGGCCGAAGGGGGAGGGAAGGAGCAGCCUGUGAAACGGGGUGACAGUGGCGACCAGCCCGGGCGGGGACCGGGACUGGAAGAGACGCUUGAGCAGCCGGCUGGUCCGGCGGCUGGGCUACGGCGGGGGUCGCGGGUACAGAGAGAACAUUCAGCUGACUCUGCCAGGGCAGGAGGGACGAGAAGAGUCGUCCUUACAGUUAAAGACGAGGGCAAAGUCAGGUUUGGAAAAAAGGGAGUCUUAGGAAGUGGCCGGAAGUGGUGAGAAGCUGAUAACAGGCGUUGGUACAAGGGUCAGAAAGGAUCAGAAAGAAGGGCAGUUUGUGUAAGUAGCUGAAAGGGUCGGGUGGCAAGAAAGGUCUGUGUAAGUAAAGGAAAGGUGAGGUGUGACUAGAUAGAAAGACUAAGAAAAGACGGUGGGUGGAAGUGGAUAGAACUAGGAAAAAGUCGUGGAAGUGGCUGGGGUCCGGGAGCGGAACAGUGCUAGACUUGGCCGGAAGGCAACGGAGAAGAGCGCAAACCUGAGAGUGUUCGGAAAUUGGAACCCUUGGUGGCGAACGGGUUUCAGGACUCAGAUUCUGCCUCGGAGAGUGGGCGACGUGCGGGGGAUGUGGGAUCAGAGGCUUGUGAGGUUGGCCUUGUUGCAGCAGCUUCGGGCUGUCUAUGGCAUCAAACUCAAAAGUGGCGGUAGGCAGUGCGAUCGCAGGAAACAUGAGACAGUAGCCACGGAAACAGUGGGUAAAAUAUUUGGAGUACCUUUUAAUGCAUUGCCCCAUUCCAUUGUACCAGAAUAUGGACACGUUCCAAGUUUUCUUGUUGAUGCUUGCACAUCUUUAGAAGAGCAUAUCCAUACAGAAGGGCUUUUUAGGAAAUCAGGAUCUGUUAUUCGUCUAAAAGCACUAAAGAAUAAACUAGACCAUGGUGAAAGUGGCCUGUCUUCUGCACCUCCUUGUGAUGUUGCAGGACUUCUUAAGCAGUUUUUUAGGGAACUGCCAGAGCCCAUUCUUCCAGCUGGUUUGCAUGAAGCACUUCUCAAAGCUCAACAGUUAGGAACAGAGGAGAAAAAUAAAGCUACAUUGUUGCUCUCCUGUCUUAUGCCUGACCACACAAUUAAUAUAUUAAGAUAUUUCUUUAACUUCCUCAGGAAUGUUUCUCUUAGGUCUAGUGAGAAUAAGAUGGAUAGCAGCAAUCUUGCAGUGAUAUUUGCACCAAACCUUCUUCAGACAAGUGAAGGACAUGAAAAGAUGUCUGCUAACACAGAAAAAAAACUACGAUUACAGGCUGCAGUAGUACAGACUUUUAUUGAUUAUGCAUCAGAUAUUGGGCAUGUUCCAGAUUUCGUCCUGGAGAAGAUACCAGCUAUGCUGGGUAUUGAUGGUCUCUGUGCUACUCCAUCACUAGAAGGCUUUGAAGAAGGUGAAUGUGAAACUCCUGGUGACUGUAAGAGAAAGCGAAGGCAAAGUGUAGGAGAUUUUGUUAGUGGAGCACUAAAUAAACUUAAAUACAGCAGAACACCCUCUAUUACACCUCAACAGGAAAAAAAUGCCCAGCUAUCCGAAUCACCAGUGAUUCUUACACCAAAUGCUAAGCGUAAACUGCCAGUAGAUUCUUCUCAGGGUUUCUCAAGUAAGAAAAGGAAGUCCAUCAAGCACAAUUUUAACUUUGAGUUAUUGCCAAGUAAUCUCUUCAGCAGCAGUUCUACACCAGUAUCAGUUCACAUUGAUACAAGCCCAGAUGGGUCAUCUCAGAGAUCACUCUCUCCUGUAGCCAUCAGUGGAAAUCAUUUGAUCAGUACAGAUAUGCCAAGGCGAAGUAAAAGAAUUGCAAGCAAAAAAGUUUGCAGGGUGGAAUCAGGAAAAGCAGGCUGCUUUUCUCCUAAAAUCAGUCGUAAAGAAAAGGUUCGAAGAUCUCUUCGUUUGAAAUUUAGUCUGGGGAAAAGUAGCAAAGAUGUAAAUGGGUGUUCUCGUGUCAAUAGAUGUGAAAAUGUUGGUCGACGACUUGCAAAUCAACAAAGUUUAAAAAAUAGGGUUGGAUCUGUAAAAACAGGUCUGCUUUUUAGCCCAGAUAUUGAUGAAAGAUUAACAAAGAAAGGUUCCAAAAAGAUUAGUAAAUCCGAAGAAAACUUAUUAACUCCAGAGCGACUAGAUGGAACGAGUUACCGGAUGUUAUGGACAAGACCUAGUAAUUCAGGUUUUCGAGAAAUAGAUGCAAAUGAAGCAUCUCCAAUAGAGGAAAAUCUUGAGGUGAACAACUAUUCUUUGGAGCCUGAUAUUACAGAGGAAAAGUCAUCUAUUAAUUCAUAUGAACUCUCCCCUUCUAAUGUCCACAAUAAGCAUAAUAACAUAACCGGAAGAUCUCUUAGUGGAGAUGAAAAUAACUUGAGCACAGAGACUUUAGUGAAAAUUCAGAAAGCAUUUUCUGAAUCUGGAAGUAAUCUUCAUGCAUUGAUAAAUCACAGGCAGUCAUCAAUAACUAAUGUGGGGAAAGUAACAUUACAUGAAACACCUAGAGCAUAUAGCCCAGAGAAAAAUCUAUUAGAAACUAAUGAUUUGACUGUGAUAGGUUCAAAUGAACAUCACACUAGUAAAGGUGAAAAUAGUUUUUCAGAAAGAGACUUGUCACCAUAUCAAACUCAAAAAUUGGAUAGAGAAGCAACUAUAAAAUGUUACUUAACUCAGAUGAAGGUGGAACAGGAACAUGAAAAAAGCAUUCAUUCAGAUAUAUUAAACGAUUAUUUAAGCAAGCAAGAAUUGCCCGGUGAUGAUCAAAUAAAAAAACAGACCCCAAGAGAUAAACUAAAUACUAAGUUAAAGGAGGAGAAUAUGAUUGAAGAGAACCUACUAAAAUGCACAGCUUCUAAAGAGGAUGCGGCUAACACCUCUUCCUCAGAGCCUAGUACAUGUAAUAUAACCAACUCAUCAAAACCUAGACCCGUGAGAAUGGUUAAACAGCAGUCACUGGUGCAAACGUGUGAUAAGACGGUUUCUGAAAGAUUACAAGUAACAGAUCAUGGAAAGGUUUCAGACCACAUACAGUGGUUUAAUAAACUUUCUUUAAAUGAACCAAACAGGACAAAAGUUAAGUCACCGCUUAAGUUUCAGCGUACGCCUGUCCAUCAGUCUGUCAGAAGAAUUAAUUCUUUGUUGGAGUAUAACAGACAACCUAUAAGGCAUAAAUUGGCACAGCUUGGUGAUACUGCUUCUCCUCUGGUUAAAUCAGUGAGCUGUGACAGUGCUCUUUCCUCUUGUACAGAAAGUACAUCAAAAGAUUCCUCAAUUUCAUGUGCCCAGUCAGGUCCUGAAAAACAGAAAUCUACAUCAUGCGAAGAGUCAAAUGUUGAUGCAAUUUCAAAAUCAAGCAAGGAAUUAAUUGCUAACUCUUUCUCUCAGAUGAAGAGGCAUCCAGACUCUCUGAAUGCUUCUCUUAGGUCUCCCAGAGUUGAUAAACAGAAAGUAAUAUCGGAUGACCAAAUUAAGGUUCCCUUGGAUGAUCUGACAAAUCAUGCUGUAUUAAAAUCUGUUAUAACUAAUAAUACAGGCUUUUCUCCUGGGAUAAAUAACAGGGUCCUUAGGAAACCGUCAGAAAGAGAAAGGGCCUGGUAUAAAGGUUCUCCCAAAAAUCCUAUUGGAAAAGCUCAACUACUACCAACAAGUAAACCUGUAGACUUAUAAUUGGUAAAUGUUAUACUUGUCAUUGAUGUAAAUAAAAUUAGCAAUUGGUGAUGUGAGUUGCUACAUGUUAAUCUGUAGCUCAGGAUGGUGGUUACAUGAUUUUACUGCACACGCAAAUGGAUUCUUACAUAUAAAUGACUACUUUGUUUUUCUUAAUUAUGGCAAUAUUUUAAACUUUAAUUUUAUUAUGAUCUCUUAAAGCAGAGAUUAUACUUUAAAAGAAAUUUUUGAAAAUUGCAUGAAUUUUAUUUCUUAAGUGUGACAGGAAGAGUGAAACGAGUUGUGUCUGUUUCCUGUCAUUUUUCCUCCUAAGUCAGAUAAAUUUCUUACGAGCAAUUUCUAAUAUGUAAAGGCUUCGAAGAGAUAAGCCCUGCAAAUCUUAUUUCUUGAAUUAAUGUUUAUUAUCUUUACCAAAAUCCCUAGGAAUUAACUUGUUUCAAUAGCGUCCUAGUCCUUUAUUCCUAUUUAGGACAAAGUAAUUAGGUUUCUAUUGCCUACUGAUGUGUAGACUGUUCACUUGAAUUAAGAAUAAUGGCUAAUGACUCAAGUGCGUUCAUAUAGUAUGAUGCUUCAGGAGUAAUUGAUGACUUUUAAGCCAUAAUAUAUUUUUAAAGUAAUUUGCACAACUACAUUUGUGUCCUUUUUUGUCCAAUAUAGAAUUUAAGAUGGAGGAAUAAUUAAGCUUGAAUAAUUUAACUAAGGUGAUUUCUUACAUGCAGAUGCUUGAUUUUAGAAUUUGAAAUAGUCAUUGCAGCUCCACAUUUACUUUGGAUUCUUAUAAAAGCCUGUGAUGGUUUUGUCUUGUAUGUAAAUGUUAUUUAUUUAGCAUAGACAUUAAAGAUAACUUUCUGAAAAAUGA